AUGCAAUGCAGCAGCAACCCUCACUGUGCUUCCAUUUUCUGCUCUCAAACUCAGAAAAGAUGGUCUUUUCAGCCAUUGCUUUCAGUUACUUCACCACAACAAAAAAGCCACCCACAAGAACAACGAACCUCUCACGAUGUAACAGGUGAUGGAAAAUCGAAACUGAUAACUAGUGCUUCAAACCCAUUUGUGAAGCACUGCGUCAAGCUCCGCAACAGCUCUUCUUAUCGCCGCUCUCAUGGUUCUGCUCUUCUUGUGGGUGCUACACCUAUCAGAGAGAUCUGCAGGUUUCAAGAGUCAUUGCAAGAUGAAAGUGUUAUAAUGGAUUGUUUAAUUCUUCCUGAUAAAGUUGAAAUUCCCUAUGAGUUGGAUAAAUACACUGCUUCUAUUGUGCGUGUGAGCUCCAUAGUGAUGAGAAAACUUUCAGGGCUGGAAUCCUCUGACUCUAUUGAUGCCAUUGCCCUUGUGAAAAUUCCAGCCAGAUUUUUCAAUGUAGAUGGCGAUAAGAAAAACUGCCUGGAGUGGUUUCCAUUUGUACAUCGAAUUUUAGUCCUUGAUGGGAUUCAGGAUCCUGGUAACCUUGGUACGUUGCUCAGAUCAGCUGUGGCCUUCAGAUGGGAUGGAGUUUUUCUUCUUCCUGGCUGCUGUGAUCCAUUCAAUGAGAAAGCUCUCCGAGCUAGCCGAGGCGCCUCUUUUCAGCUCCCUGUAGUUUCUGGCAGUUGGAAUCAUCUGAUGUCUCUCAAAGAAGAAUUCAGAAUGAAGAUGCUUGCUGGGCAUCCAGAGCAUGAAGGAUUGGUCAAGCCAGUUUGUUUGCUUUCUCCAAGCUUCUGUGAUUCCAUAUCAGAUACACCAUUGUGCUUAGUUUUAGGCAGUGAGGGUAGUGGCCUUUCAGAAAAAUCCCUGCAGGCCUGUGAGCUCGUGAGCAUUGCAAUGGCUGGAGAAUAUGAGUCACUCAAUGUUUCAGUUGCAGGUGGCAUUUUCUUGUAUAUGCUACAGCCAAAGCAUAGAUGAUCUUUCUGAUUAUAUAUUUGUACGGUCUCAUUUAAGUUCUUCAAUUCUUUGGGACCAAGGAGGACAUAUACAGGUCCAGUGAAUUAUGUCCUCUUAUCCAUGGGGAAAUCAUGCACAGAAAAAAUGCCUGAUGCUGUCAUGCAGCUUGCAACCUCUUUUUCUUCUUCCCUUUUUAAUUUUUUUUAUUUUUUUUACUUGUACAUGUGGCAUUCUAACGUAUUGCUCCAGGAAUGGAUCGUAUGUGUAAAUUUUGUCUAUUUUUC